UUUUACUGUACUUGUCCAUGGCGGCUUUUCCUCUACUUCAUAUGGCACUGCAACAUCAACACCAAUGGCAACACAACCAUAAUAAAAACUAAUGAGUUGUGCUCGGUUGUUAUACAGGGUAUUCCUAGUUAGUUGGGUGUACUAGAUAUUAGUUGGGAUGUCUAAGUAAGGGGAUAUAUAUAGUGGUUGUAAAACAUAAAGAUGCUUAACUUUCUUAUAAAUAUAGCAGAAAAACGGUUUCCUAACUUCAGAAUCUGAUUCUGAAUCUGAUUCUAUAAAGAAUCUUAUAGUCAAAAUAUAAUCCUUUCGUAAUCGUCAUUCUUUCUACAAUGAAUACAAUAAGUUCUGAGUACUAAGUAUCUUCUAGUCUUAUCCUUAGAUAACCAUUCUAACAAUGUUUUUGCUGUCCAAUGUUGAUGUCUGAUGUCUGCUCUGUGUCUUUGGCCCAGUGCAUUACCCUUUGCCACACUUUACACGCUUGCAUUCUUCUGAUUUCUUUAUUUCUUUUAUACUCCUCGUGGAGUUCUGUCUUAAUUAUCUGUAAUUGAUUACAUCUAAGCGGGCGCCCUAAGUGCCGAUUGUUUACCUAGAAAUUAAACGCACCUAACAAACAGAGUGCGUAAACAAAUAAAAACAAGAGCGCGUGGAAAAAUAACCUUCGUGAUGAUAGGAUCCUCAAAAAUAAGAAGCCGAAAAUGAUGAUGCAGCAGAUGCAGUUUGUAUAUUGAUAUGAGAUAAUGCUCUUAAGUGCCUGAAAAUGCUCUUUCUCUUUGGAGUUUUACAUACUAACUCUACGGGUUUGAGUGCUCUUUAUUCAGCCGGCUGAAUGAGAAUUACUCACUCAAAAUGAUAAUUAACAGGAAAAGGUUUUGGUUUGUCAAGAAAUAAUAGUCUAAAGAUACUUUUCUGUAUAUUAUUUCUAUAUAUUUAUGAUUAUAUUUAAGAAAAUAUGAAUUUUAAAACCAAAUUCCUAUAAAAACUCAACUGGAAACCCAAGUAAGACCAAGUUUCUUUUGUGUUUUUCACUCAGCGCUCAUAUGACUCAUGGCAAACGAGAGCUAGCAGCUGUCAGGGCUAGCAGUUAGCCGCUAGAGAGUCUCACUCUUGCUCACUACUGCUCUCUCUCUCAAUCUCUCUUUCUCUCUCUCUAAAAGUAUCUUAUUCAGCAAAACUCAGCCAUCGACUAGCAGCUGUUGGUCUCUCGCUGACUUUAUUUUCAUUUCAAUUGCAGAGCCGCGUACAACGCGUUACCGCUUUGUUGGAUUAUUUUUUUCGUCAUAUCUAGUACUGAAAUUGUAUCUGCAAGAUACACGUAUAUAUAAAUAUUCUUCUGCCGCCUAGCACACACGUGUGUCAAUAUUUUGUAAGCAAAUAUAUACACGAAAAUCCACAAAAAAAAGAUAAAAAAGCAAAGAAAGAACGAGUGCUUUCAAGGGCCCCAAACAAAGAGCAGAUUCUGCGUCAUCUGAUCUCCGGGGAGCUGAAUCACAUCACAACCUUUAUAUUUCUCAACGCGAGUGCUUCGAGUGUCGUUGUUUACUGUAGUAUAUUUGUGUGUGCUGCGAAGACGCGCUUUUCGAUCGCGUUCUACAUUUUCGGAUCGGAAUCAUUUAAGUCGCUCGCUCUAAACUCGCUAACCAAGAGAUUCGACUCUCUUUUUGCAUACUAAAUAAUAUCAAUAUAUAAAUAUACAAAGAUAUCUAGUUUUUACGCCCAGGUAUUACGAAACCCCGGCACUAAAAGUGAAAUUUUUAACGCAACAACCCGAAAGUCCCCCAUAGCAAAAUCAAAAAAAAAAAAAGAAAAAUAAAUUAUCUUCGUGUGUUGGCAAAAAAAAUGAAAUGAAAAGUGACUUGUGACAUAUCAGAGAAAUCAAAAUUAUAUAUCACUGAAUUAAACCCAACAUAAACCCACUUAGACAACGCAGCGCAUUCAUUUGGAUUAAUCAAUUUUCAUUUUCGGACAACCGACCAACAGGCAUGCUGUACAGCGAUUUCUACAUUCUAGCCGAGACCUGUUUUAAAUGAGAUUUAACUAGAUAAAUGAAUGAAGGCUUCGAACCUGCAACGCAUGGCAUCAGCAAAACGGACGGAAGCUGCAUCAGCCACCAUAGUCAGAACCACAACGGGAACGGAAUCGGCGGUAUCAACGGAAACGGUAUCAUUGUCCACCAUCUUGGUGGAGUCCUGCGCAACACUGACCUGGCCAGCGGGGCCAUGGAGUGUCUGCCGAUGAGCAGUGCCGCCCAUCACCCACAUCUGAUGGCGGGUGCCGCGGGAGUCGGAACUGUUUCUGCCUCGCCAACGGCCACUGUUGUUGUGGGGGCAACGUAUCCGCAUCACCUGCACCAUCAUCACCUGAGCCACCAUACGCCCUACAGCAAUAGCUACGGGAGCCAUCACAUCCACAGCGAGCAGACCAAGUCGCUGCAGGAGCUGCAGCACGAGGUGGGUGCCCUGCUGGAGUUCCGGGAUUUGGUGAUCGAAACAUUUCCCGAUCUCAAGCACAAGAUGGCCUCAAUGUCGGCAACACCCUCAACGCCCACAUCUUCGGUGGGUGCCAUCGGUGGUAGUCACUCGGUGGGUGGCGGCAGCUCUUCGUUAGCCACAAGCAGGCGUGAAUGGGAGCCGGGUAUACGUAUGAAGCGAAAAUUGUCGCACAAGGAACCGUCCACGUCGUCAGCGUCGGCAGCUGCUCCUUCAUCUGGAGCGGAGGCUUCGUCCUCGUCGCUGACACGCAGCCGCAGCAACUCGCACAGCGGCAAGAAAGAGCCAAAGAGCGGAGAGAACAACAACGGCAGCGUUGUCCAAGACUCCGGCUUCUCAACGGAGACCAGUUCCUCCAAGGAGGGCCACAGUGCCUCCUCCACCAAUGGUGCUAUGACGCAGGUGGCCAUAGCAGCAAAUCGACUGAGCUGCGCGGAAUCUGACGAUGAGCUGCUCAACCUUUUGGACGUCAUUCACCGCAAGUCCAAUCGUUUACGCGAGGAGGUGGAGCAACUGCAGAGCUACGAACGCCAGCAGGGAGAUGCCCAGAAAACAGGAGGGAGCGAGGGCAAGGGUGCCAACAAGGACGCAAUGACACCGCAGCAGUUCCGGGAGCAAGUGGAGCGCCUCAAUCGCGAGGACAUCAAACAGCUGCGCAAGGAACGCGAUCGUCUGCUGGACAAGCUGGCCGAAAUGGAGGCGGAGACUCUGACUGGUCGGAUAAAGGCAGCCAAGAUGAGCGACCAGGUGGAAGAACUGGUAGGAGUGAAAAAGGAUCUCGAGGAGCAGCUGAAACUGGCGAUGGCCCAGAAGCUGGAGUUGAGUUCGCGGGUGCAACAGUUGCAGCAGCAACAGCAGCAGCAGCAAAGCAAGAGCUCUUCCAGUGGCAGCCAGUCGGAUUACUCCAGUCAACGCAACUUUCUAUCCUCAGCCACCACGGUGCUCUCCAAUGGCAGUCGCCCCAACAGCAACAACACAUUCCAGCCGGUCGUCCUUGAUCAGCCAGCGCAGGAAGCAUUCCAUCAAAGCUCAGGCAGUGAUAUAACCUCGAGGAAACAGCAACAGCAGCAAUCCUUGGGACGUCUUGAUGGCAUCGUUAGCACGCCCGGUACUCGCAACUCCAAAUGCCGUUUGACCGAUUCCAAACGAUUCGCGGCCAUUCUCCUAGAGACGAAUGUUCUGGAGCUGCAGCGUCACCUGCUAACCCUUACCGUGCAGAACCAGGUGCUGGCCCAAAAACUGGACUCGUCCAGUAAGUCCAAGACGCUGCUGGCCAAGCGGCUGGACAAGAGCAGCGAGGAGUUUGAGCAUCUGCGUUAUCAGCUAGAGGAGAAGAGCAUCGAGCUGGAGGGCACUAAGGCGCAGUUGCGACUCGUGGAGUCACGCCUGCAGGCGAAUAAUAGCACCACCAAUUCGUAUCUGCAUUCCUCGCAGCAUGACUACGAGACCAAUCGCUCCUCGGCUUCCACCACGUUGAUGCUGAGUCGUCGCGGAGUUUCCGACUCAGUGGACUCCGCUUCGACGGCCAUGCCCGCCCCGACAGUAACGCAGAUUAGUACGCCGAGCAUGAAGGCCAUGGUGCCGCUGGCCAUGGACGAGCUGCAGCAGCACAGCAGUAGCACGGAGUCGGCCCACGAGCACGAGAAUCAAGCGCUUCGGACACCCAACAACACGACGAACUCCCCGCUGAGCAAGACAAUGAUGAAUACAAGUCCAUGUCCGGUGGGCAGCAGUACGCCCAGUAACAUUGCCGCCCGUGUGAUGAGCAUCAGUGUGGGUGGGGUUAGUCCGUUUGAGGGCAUGACUCCACCGCCGCGUCAGAAUGCUUUCCGAAAGUUUGGAAGUGCCAGUAAGCCCAGCAAGAUCCCCCUGCCGGGCAGCAAGGCGGCGGCCUAUUUCUCGGGGAAACCGCCAACGGGAAGACCUUCAACGGCGGGACGAUCUCCUCCAUCGGCGCACAAUUCGAGUAGCACCUCGUAUGGCAGUAAAUCCUCACUGAGCCGAAGCACUGGCAAUCUGCAGAGCUUGCGAAGAGCGGACACAUCCGCCUCCAAUCAUUCGCUUAGUACGAACACCAGCCGCAGUUCGACCUCCUCUUCGAUACCGCUGGCCACCACACCUUACUCAUCCGGCUCGACUGGCAAUCGCAGCCAGCCGUUAGCCGCAACGACUCCGUCCCCGCGUGUGCUCCAGAAUUCACCGUUGCCCAAGCUGAAACGAGAUACGAUCAGCUCGAGGGUGCGUCAUCUGGACUCUCUGUCGCGUUCCCAACAAUCACCGGAGGUCAUGAAGGGCACAAAUGCCACCUCCAUUGCCGCCCAGCUAAGUUCGACGCUGCGCAAGGAUCUCCAGCUGAGUGGAAACGGAACGGGGGCAGCAGCCUAUCAUCAUCAGAACCACAGGCGAAGUGGUCACUCGCCGGCUUCCAAUUCUUCCGGUAGUGGAGUGUCCCGGCGUUAUAGUAGCGCCUCGACUGGUGGUUCCGGUGGUCGGGUCAUUGGCCGGGAUCAGGGUGAGAACAUCACGCCAACGUCCAGUUUUGGCGGCGACAGUGAUAGUGGCAAGAAUUUGGCCAACAACGUUGAUAAGCCAAAUUUCCGUCUCAAUAACCACAAUUGGCAACUAUGGCAAACGAACAGCAACAGCAACAGCAGCAGCAGAAGCCAGGGAAAGAUUCAAAUGGAAAAGCCGUAUCCAACCCUUGAGCUGCACGAUGUGUCCGAGGAGACGGCCUACGAUUCGUAUUACACCGAGUAUACAACGCCCGAUUCCAUGGACUGUGGCAGUAGCAAUAUCUUGGUAACCUUUGACUAUGGCUACAGUGACUCCAUCGAGGCCAGAGCUGAUCUGGCAUUGCUUCAGGAUAAUGUUGAUGAUGAUGAUGAUGAUCGGGGUGAUGGCGCUGUUCCUUUACCUGGUGAUGGGUAUGCAGAUGGAGAUGGUGCCAUUUGGUUUGGUACUCCGCCGAAGGAGAAGAGGGACGAGAAACUGUUUGAGGUGCAUCAUGUGCAGCACAAGCUGCUGGACGACAGCCUCCAGUCUCUGAUCUCCUACGACGUUGAUGAUUUUGAAGAGGAGGAGCUAUCGGAACCAGAGCCAGAUGAAGAGAUCUUCUAUGACAGCAUUGAGUGUGUUUAAGCAGGGGGGCACGUGUUUUUUUUUUAACUAUCAACUAUCAUAUCUAAAACUAGUCUUUAUUUUUGAAAAACCUUCUUCUUUUUUUGUAAUUAUCGAAAGGAAAAUGGAUAAUAUAUGUAUGUAGCUGUUAGUAUAUAGUAUAUAGUUAUGUGACGUAUAUAAUGUUGAUUCGGCUUAACUAUCCAAGAGCCCUGCAAUGAAAGAUUGUAAUUGAAAUGAUUUGUGACUGAAUUUGGUUUGAUCGUUAGGUUUGUUUUUCUCCCAACCCCGUUAACCAUUCAGGGCUUUAGUCUAUACGCUUGAUGGUUUCUUCGACUAUUUAUUAGUAGCAUACUAAAAUGUAUGUCUUAACCACUACUUUGUAUGUAUUAAUUAGUAUGUGUGUGCAUCAUUGUAAGAGUCUUAAGUUAGUUAUCACCAAGCACCAUUGCCUAUUUACUCAAAACUAUAAUUAAUUUACGCGUACUAGGAUGGCUAAGUAGUUUAGUUGUUAAUAAAAUUUAGUUAACACAUUGCAUCUAAUGUAUGUAUGUACAGUUUGAUAUACCAUCUAAUAUUAUGUAUGUAUUUUAUUUAAGUUUUGGAAGGCAAAUGUAAUAGGGUCUACUAUAUAUCUAUCAUGUUAUCACGAAAAACUGCGUUUACUACAUUUAUAAAACCAAACAUAAAAAGAAAAGAAAAAACAGACAUUAGAAGAGAGAGGUAAAUAAAUGAUUACGAUUCAUAUUAAAGCUAAUAAUAAUAUAUAUUCAAAAGGCAGCAAAUGUAGACAUGUAUCCAUUUAAACAGCAAAUGUAAUUGAUAAACACAUAUAAAUGAAACAAAAAAGAAACUAAAAUAAAAAGAAUAAAAAAUAA